AUGUUCUUCGAUAUUAGAUAAAAACGCAUAGAAAGAUAAUAUUAAACAUAUCAGAUAGAAAUUAAAAGAAAUAUUAAGAUAAAAGACGUUUUGUCAGAUUUUCUUACGUUCGUUACAGUUAUAAGUUCAACCGUGUCAACGAUUAGAAACGUUUUCGAAGCUAUUCAUUCGAACGUCAUGCGUCUCAUGAGCUUUUGGAAAAAGUUGAGAAAAAUCGAUGUUCUAAAGUACGAUCCUCCUUCUCGAUCUAUCACAAAUCGAUGCAAACAUAUUAUUUAUGGGGACGACGUAAUUGCAGGGAAAAAAAAUUCCCAACCGAUAGUCGCAUUGGAAUCAACGAUUAUAACCCAUGGGAUGCCCUUUCCUGAAAACUUUAAUACCGCACUUAAAGUAGAAGAUGCUGUGAGAAAACAAGGAGCAAUACCUGCGACAAUAGGAAUUAUAAAUGGAAAGAUACACGUUGGUCUUGAUAGCGAACACUUGGAAAUAUUGUCUAAAACAAAUUCUGCAAAUACCGUUAAAUGUUCGGCCAGAGAUUUAUCCUCUGUCGCAUUGCAAAAGUUGAACGGAGGAACUACGGUCAGCGCUACAAUGUUAAUAGCGAAUGCAGCAGGUAUACCGAUUAUGGCCACUGGUGGUAUCGGCGGUGUUCACAGAGAAGCAGAAACUACCUUCGAUAUAAGUACAGACUUGAUAGAACUCGGUCGUACACCUAUCGCCGUUGUUUGUUCCGGUGUUAAAUCUAUUUUGGAUAUUGGCAAAACAUUAGAAUACCUAGAAACUCAAGGAGUACCCGUUGUAAAUAUUGGCCAUACUUAUAAUUUCCCAGCUUUCUAUUGUGCUGAAACAUACGAUAAAUUAAAAGCUCCGUUUAGAGUAACAGAUUCUAAAGAUGCAGCAGAUUUCGUAAGAAUACAAAGAGAAUUGAAUCUUUCUACAGGCAUAUUAUUGGCUGUUUCUGUUCCCAAAGAGCAUGCAUUAAAUCCUAACGAAGUAGAAAUAGAAAUAAGUAAAGCUUUAGAAAAGGCUAAACGUAUGCGUAUAAAAGGAAAGAACGUUACACCAUUAUUAUUGAAAGAACUUAAUGAAAUAACAAGUGGCAAGUUUCUUAAGACUAAUAUUGCACUUAUAAAAAAUAAUGCUAAAGUUGCAGCAGAAAUAGCAAAAUAUCUUUAUGAAGGAACUCAAGCUUCUACUUUACCUCAACGUUCCAAACACUUACCAGCAUUUAACAGAAGUCCUGUAGUAGUAGGUGCUGCAAUUCUGGAUACCAUUUUGCAAGUGGAGGAUUCUGAGAUAAAACUCGACGGUAGAAUGCACGCAGGCCACGGUCGACAAAGUUGCGGUGGGGUCGGCCGUAACGUAGCCGAUGCUUUGAUCAAGCUCGGAGCCCACGAUACGCGCUUUAUUUCCGUCGUUGGCAACGACGAGCCUGGGACGGCUAUAUUCCAGAGUUUGAAGGGAGGCGGUGGGACCUUGAAACGUUCGUCCGACGUGUCCACGGCUAGCUGUACCGUCGUGGUUGAUGCCAAAGGUGAAUGUUGUUUCAUCGUAGGCGAGAUGGGAGCUUUUGCUGCCAUUGAUAUCAAUUUAAUAAGAAAAUAUCAAACGCAAUUGGAAGCAGCCAGCAUUAUCGUCAUCGAUGCCAAUUUACCCGCGGAAACUAUGGCAUUGACCUUGGAUAUUGCCUCCCACGCGAAAAUUCCAGUUUGGUACGAGCCAACGGACGUAAGUAUAGCAACAAAAUUAUUCGAAAUCGGAUCGCAAUGGGAAAAUACGUUGCAUUUUAUAUCGCCAAAUAAAAAUGAAUUAUUAGCUAUAAGUAGAUUUUUGGGUAUACCAGUACCUGACAAUAAAUUAAUUAUUACAUUGGAAGAUAUAAACGAAAUGGCGAAUCAUUUAGCAAAAUAUAUUCCAGUGAUCAUAAGCACUUUGGGACCAGAAGGUGUUUUGAUCACGCGCGAAGCUGAAAAAACUGAUCCAUUUUAUGACAAAAAGGGUGUUUUGGUCAAGAACGGUGCAAUUAAUUCUCACUUAUACAGACCAUUGUGUCACGUUUCCAAAAUUCCAAACAAAACAUUCAGUGCUAGUGGUUGCGGAGAUUGUUUUGCCGCAGGAAUAAUAUACGGUAUUCAUAAUAAUCUAAACGAAGAAAAUUGUGUAAGUUUAGCUCUUAAAGCUGCUGCUUUAUCUUUGAGAUCUCACAAACCCGUGCCUUCAACAUUGGCGAGCCUUAAUGAAACAAAUUUUAAGUUAUCGACAUAUGCAUAAAAU